GUCAUUCAAGAUCUACCGUCAAUGCCUUUUACUGUCUCUGUUGCUGUGGGUGCUCUGUCCCUACUGCUUUUCUUGAUAUUUGUACGAAGAGUCAUCUUCACCGGUAGGAUGGGAUCCUCUAGCUUUCCUCAUGUUCCAGAGGUGCCGGGGUUGCCGGUAAUCGGAAACUUGCUGCAGCUGAAGGAGAAGAAACCCCACAAGACGUUUGCGAAGUGGGCGGAGACAUACGGCCCAAUCUACUCUAUCAGAACCGGCGCCACUACUCUCAUCGUUCUCAAUUCCGCCGACGUCGCCAAAGAGGCCAUGGUGACAAGAUAUUCAUCCAUUUCAACAAGAAAUUUGUCAAAUGCCCUGAAGAUUCUAACUCUUGAUAAAUCUAUGGUUGCAAUGAGUGACUACGAUGAGUUCCACAAGAUGACAAAGCGACUGAUACUAACAAAUCUUUUAGCUCCAAAUGCUCAGAAGCGACUUCGUUGCAACAGGGACAUCAUGAUAGAAAAUAUAUGUAGCCAGUUUCAUGCUUGCGUGGAGAGUGAUCCACUCCAGGUUGUCAACUUCAGGGAAAUAUUUGCGGCUGAGCUUUUCAGAUUGUCACUAAAGCAAGCUUUAGGGAGGGAUGUCGAAUCAAUUUAUGUUGAGGAACUUGGUGCCGCAUUGUCAAGAAAAGAUAUGUAUAAAAUCUUAGUUGUUGACAUGAUGGAGGGAGCAAUUGACGUGGAUUGGAGGGAUUUCUUCCCUUAUUUGAAAUGGAUUCCUAACAAGGGCUUCGAAAUGAGACUCAAACAAAAGCAUUUCCGAAGGAUGGCAUUAAUGAAUGCCCUGAUCAGGGAGCACCAGAAACAAAUUGAGUCAGGGAAGGAAGUGAACGGUUAUAUAAACUUCUUGUUAGCGGAAUCAAACACGCUUACAAAGGAACAAAUAACCAUGUUGCUGUGGGAGGCAAUAAUUGAGACUGCAGAUACUACUUUGGUCACAAUAGAAUGGGCAAUUUAUGAACUUGCUAAAAAUCCAGACAAGCAGGAACGUCUCUACCAUGAAAUCAAAAAGGUAUGUGGAUCUAACAAGAUCAAGGAGGAGAAUUUCUCACAACUCGGAUAUUUGAGUGCAAUUUUUCAUGAGACACUUAGGAAGCACAAUCCAGUUCCUCUAAUUCCAUUAAGACAUGUACAUGAAGAUACUCAAAUAGGAGGUUACCAUGUACCUGCAGGAAGCGAGAUUGCCAUAAAUCUCUAUGGCUGUAAUAUGGACAAGAAACGAUGGGAAAAUGCAGAGGAGUGGAAUCCAGGGAGAUUUCUCGAUGAGAAAUAUGAUCCUGCAGAUUUACACAAGACAAUGGGAUUUGGAGCCGGAAAGAGAUCAUGCCCCGGGUCUCUUCAGGCCAUGACCGUAUCAUGUGCAUCAAUAGGUAGGCUGGUGCAGGAAUUUGAGUGGAAACUGAAAGAUGGGGAAGAAGAGGACGUUGACACUCUUGGCCUCACCUCUCAGAAACUUCAUCCGGUCCAUGCAAUUAUAAAACCAAGAAAUUAACUGGGCAUAUUGUGCCCUGAAUGAUCAAUUCUAGACCAUAAAAUUGGAACUUUGAAAUCUUGUGUGCUUAAAUUAAUGUAGAACUGUUAUUUGCUGUGUUCAAUUCAAGUUCUAGCAGGUUUAGUACUGUGAUUUCACAGGUACGACAUGAAACAACUAUUGCUAUUAAAAAUAUCAUCAGUGU